UUUCUCGCCGUUUCAAAUCACUUCUCUCUGUGCAUAUUCGAACCAGAAGAAUUCCAUGCAAGAUCCCAAGAAGUAAUACACAAAAAUCCUCAAAAUAAAAUUUGUUUUUCUUGGCUAUUUUCCUCAGGAAAAUUCGCUCGAGAUUGUGAGGGGUUUUACACCCAUGUGGAUGAACAAUGGCAAGAACAACUUCCCCGGCAGGGGAUUCUCAACCCCUCCUCCGUCGUGGAGAUCGAGGCCGUUCCGAUCACCGAAAACGGCGCCGUUCUUAGAUAGAAAAAGAUCGUCUCCGAAUUCCGCGAACAAAUCUGAUCUUUUUCAUGUCAUUCACAAAAUUCCUGCCGGGGACUCUCCUUAUGUUAAGGCCAAACAAGUUCAGUUGAUAGACAAAGAUCCGAGUAGGGCUGUGUCUUUGUUUUGGGCUGCAAUAAAUGCUGGGGAUCGUGUGGACAGUGCUCUAAAAGACAUGGCUGUAGUAAUGAAGCAGCUGGACCGCUCCGAUGAAGCGAUCGAAGCGAUACGAUCGUUUCGCCAUCUCUGCUCUUAUGAUUCUCAGGAGUCCAUUGACAAUGUCUUGAUUGAGUUAUACAAGCGAUCUGGAAGAAUCGAAGAAGAGAUCAAUAUGCUUCGAUGCAAACUGAAACAGAUCGAAGAUGGCACGGUUUUCGGAGGGAAGAAGACGAAGGCUGCGAGAUCUCAAGGGAAGAAAGUGCAAAUUACUGUUGAACAAGAGAAAUCAAGAGUUCUUGGAAACUUGGCUUGGGCUUUCUUGCAGCAGGACAACGUCGACGUCGCUGAAGAGUAUUACCGGAAAGCUUUGUGUCUCGAGACUGAUAAUAACAAACAAUGCAAUCUUGCUAUCUGUCUGAUCCUUAUGAAUCGGCUAUCGGAAGCGAAGUCGAUGCUUCAGUCGAUACGAGCUUCUUCUGGUGGCACAGCCAUGGAAGAGUCGUAUGCCAAAUCGUUUGAACGCGCAUCUCAUAUGUUAGCUGAAAAAGAAUCGAAGUUGUUCAAUUCAUCAGAGCAGGAAGAAGGUAAUAGUACAACAACUGUUACAGCUGGGACUUGUGUUCCUCAGCUCACUGCAUCCACGAGGUGGACUCGUGAUGACGAAGAGAUGUACGUAAAUGAAAAUAGUCGGGACGAUCAUCACUGGAACCGACAUGAGAACGAGUCAUUUCGAUGGAGUGAAGAUUGUUUUAGUGAAAAUCUAGGAAAAAGUAGCUCCUGCAUUUCCAUCAAAAUGAAGGGAAACCGAAACCAAGACCAAGAUGGUUUAUUGAGAUUAGUAGAUGAGGGUGUGAAUUGCUGCUCGUUGUAUUCAUCCCAGACUCGAGCGAAGCGAAACGUUGAAGUUCCGUUCACUCAAGCGAAGAAUUCCUUAUGGGAAUUCAAUAAUCGAUGUCAACCGAACGAAAUGAGGCAGCGAAAAAGAACCAGUUCGAGUAGUAGGAAAGUUUUGUUUGAUCAAAGUUUUGACAAUGGCUUUGCUGUAGAUGUUUCUUGUGAAUCUGAACGAAGCGGGCCGACCUCGAAUUACAUGUCGAAGUAUAGGUCUGCAGCUUCUGAUGCAGUUGAACUGGAGGUUCCGUUCACGCAACCGAGGAGUUGUUCAUGGGGAAUAAACGCAGGAGGUCGUCAGCGAAAGACAACGGAAUGCUUCAGAAGUUUGCUCAGCAGUAGUUCUAGUAGAAAACUUUCAUUUGAGCCUCACACAAACACUGAAAAUACUCGAGGAUUGAUAUGUUCAAGCUUUGGAAGAUUUGAACUUUCAAGAGCAGUGAGUGAUGAAGACGUCGAGUACGAAGAACGUGCAAUGCCAUACGACUCGAUGAAGAUACAGAAAGAACACAAACACAAUUCAUCAGCAGUUGGUGGGAAGAAGAGUUGGGCAGAUAUGGUCGAAGAAGAGGAAGAAGAGGACGACAGUGACAACGAGAAGGAAGACGAUACAGAAGAAACAUCCUCAAGCGAACGAGCUCGAGUCAACUGCUUCAACAAUUGGGGGAGCAGCAGUGACAAUGAGGAGUUGAAGUUCAAUGAUGAAAAUCUAAAUUCCAACAUACUUCACCAGAAGAACCACAGUCCUCCAAGCAGCAAUCACGUUGAAGAUGGAGCUAAAGACUCAGUCGACAUCAUUUCGUCGAGAAAUCCAGCAGUACGACGGCCUUUGUGCUUCGACCAAUAGUCACGCUAGACUCGGCUGAUAACCGACGCUCGUCCCCACUGCCAAAGAAAGAUUCUCCAACUGAGGGUGGAGAGAAUGUGAACUUGAUAAGGAGAAACAGAUUGCAGAUAUUCCAAGAGAUAACAGUGCAUCAAGAGCUAAGCUAGAAUGCUAAGAAACAGACUUGUUUUGUUCAUCAGUUCCUUUUUUUGUAUGUUCUUCCAUAUCUCACAUAUAUCCAUAUAUUGUAAAGAAGUUUGUAAAGGAUGCUUGUUAUUAUACCAAUACAAAUUAUACCCUAUA